CUGCGGGGUACUCCUGCUCCAGGCCAGCUCACUCACCGUGCCCCCAACGCCCACGGACUCCUUCACAGGUCGCCGCACACUGUCCUCUAGUCCGACCAAGUAAGCCUCAUAUUUUUGCUUUAAAUUGUUUGUCCCGGAGCCUCGCUCGCCCUCACCUCGUCUCUCUACCUCCUUCCCCUUCCCACCAGAGCUCCUUCCCGUCCUCACUCACACCUGCCAGGCCCAAUUCGCCUGAACAAAUUUCCCUUGAAUAAAUCUCCCUCUCCCUCUCCCUCUGCUUCUCCCUAGGGCUUCCUCCCGGCCAAUUCCUCGACCCAUUCACACGCCACUUAGCCUCUCCCCUGCAACACGUCACCAGCCAGCCACACGAUGUCUUUCACUAAGAAGGCCGUCCACUUCGGCGGCGGCAACAUUGGCCGUGGUUUCGUUGCCGAGUUCCUGCACAACUCGGGCUUCGAGGUCGUGUUCGUCGAUGUCAUGGACAGCAUCAUCGACGCCCUCCAGAAGAACACGUCGUACACGGUGACCGAGAUCGGCGAGGACGGCGAGCGGACCUUCACCAUUGACCACUACCGCGCCAUCAACAGCAAGUACGAGCUACCCAAGGUUGUCGAGGAGAUUGCCUCUGCCGACGUCGUCACCUGCGCCGUUGGCCCCAACAUCCUCAAGUUUAUCGCCGAGCCCGUGGCCAAGGCCAUUGAGGCCCGAACCCUCGACUACCCCCUUGCCGUCAUUGCUUGCGAGAACGCCAUCAAUGCCACCAACAAAUGGCGGGGUUUUAUCGAGACCUACAUCGAGGACAAGCUCAACAAGGAUACCCUGAAGGACAUGGACAAAAAGGCGCGCUACGCCAACUCGGCCAUUGACCGCAUUGUCCCCCACCAAGACCCCGAUGCGGGCCUCAAUGUCAAGAUCGAAAAGUUUUUCGAGUGGUGUGUUGAGCAUAAGCCCUUCGCCGGUGCUAUCCAGCCCGAAAUCAAGGGCGUCCACUUUGUCGACGACCUGCAGCCGUACAUCGAGCGCAAGUUGUUCACCGUCAACACUUCCCACGCCACGGCUGCCUACUACGGCUACCAGCGUGGCAAAGCAACCAUCCACGAUGCCAUGACUGACAAGGAUAUCCAUGACAUUGUGCGUGACGCUCUCAAGGAGACAGCCCACCUCAUCACCAACAAGCACGAGAUCACCACCCAGGAGCAGAGCGAGUACGUCGAGAAGAUUAUUGAGCGCAUUUCGAACCCCGCCUUGGAAGACAAGGUUGAGCGUGUCGGCCGUGCCCCGCUUCGAAAGCUCUCCCGCAAUGAGCGCUUCAUUGCACCCGCUGCCCAUCUGGUCGAGAUGGGUGACAGCUGUGAGCACCUCCUAGGUGCGGUAGAGAUGGCCCUCCGCUUCCAGAACGUUGAGGGCGACGACGAGUCUUUCGAGCUUGCCAAGAUCCUCAAGGAGAAGUCCGCCGAGGAUGCGACCAAGCAGAUCACCGGUUUGGAUGAGUCACACGGCCUGUACGCCAUGGUCGUACCGAUCGUCGCCAAAGUCCAGAAGAGCGCUUCUCUGUAAGGGAAUCAACAAGCUCAAUGUACAAUUGUUUGGAGCAUUGGCCUCCAUCUGUUAGAGGGACUUUGCAACUAGACUGGGGUAUAUACCGGGAAGUGAAAAGCGUGGUCGGUACAGCGGUGCAGGUCAUCAUGGAUCUUCUCCGCCGGACGGACGGCUUCCUUCAUGUCACAAUAAAAGAUUGACGAAUGGGACACGAUUGAUGAUUCCCCGUUUUCUUGCAUAUUUUUGGUGAUUCUUCGUUGUUACGCCUGUGAUCCACGUCUCACCGCUGUUGUGGGCGGAUGAUGGCGUCGUGAAUCAACAUCCUGGCUGCCUCUUAGACCCUGUUAGUUAAUCUCCUCUGUAUUCAAAUGCCAC